AUGCCUCCUGGGAUCGCCAAGAACAAGUACGAGUCGAAAAGGGGGGUGUCCUCGACAUCAAGCUCACAGCAACAAAAUAUCGAGGACGAGCAAACGGCCGCUGAGAUUGUGCAAAAGAAGCCGAAGCUGACUUGGCGGUCAUACAUAUGGGAUGCAUUUGACAAGUCUCCCGAGGAGCGGCGUUUCUUGGCAAAGCUUGAUGCUGUGCUAUUGACGUUUGCGAGCCUUGGAUACUUUAUCAAGUAUCUUGACCAGAUCAAUGUCAACAAUGCCUUUGUCUCAGGUAUGAAGGAGGAUUUGGGCUUGUAUGGGAACCAAUUGAACUACAUGACGACGUGCUGGACCGUCGGUUACGUUUUGGGCGAAAUACCCAGCAACCUCAUCCUGACCAGAGUUCGCCCAUCGUACUGGAUCCCUGCUUGCGAGGUUGUCUGGUCCGUCCUGACAAUUGUGAUGGCCAAGUGCUCUUCAGUCAACCAGAUUUAUGUUCUUCGCUUCUUCGUCGGUCUUGCGGAAAGCACAUUCUAUCCUGGAAUGCAGUACAUUAUCGGCUCAUGGUAUCGCAAAGAUGAGCUCGCCAAACGCUCAUGCAUCUUUCACACUAGCUCCGCGUUAGGCACCAUGUUCAGCGGCUAUCUCAUGGCCGCCGUUUACCACCUGGAUGGGCGCAACGGCUUCAAGGGCUGGCAGUGGCUUUUCAUAAUCAACACCGUCAUCUCGUUGCCAAUUGCCAUCGCCGGCUUCUUUGUAAUGCCCGACGUUCCAGAGAUCACACGCGCCUGGUACUUGACGGCCGACGAGAUUGCUCUUGCAAAGCGACGAAUGGAGCUCGAAGGGCGCGCGAAUCGUGGUCCGUACACGCGGGCCAAGGUGAAGAAGAUCUUCUCGUCAUGGCACAUCUACUUACUGCCACUGCUCUAUAUCCUCUUCAAUAACGGAGGCUUUGGCGGUCAACCGGUCUUUGCGUUGUGGCUCAAGUCCGAGGGCUACGGCGUCACUGCUAUCAACGUCUGGCCGACUAUCACCUCAGUCAUCGUGGUCAUCUCGACGCUCAUAUACGCGUGGACUUCUGACACCGUAUUUAGAGGGGCACGGUGGCCACCGAUUGUGUUCUCGGGAGUAGCCAGUAUCGUUGUAAACUCGAGCUUGGCGGCGUGGAAGGUGCCGGACAGAUGGAAAUGGGCGUGCUUCAUGCUCGCGGGGCUGACUUCCGGAAUCAGCGGUCUUACCUUUGCGUGGGCGCAUGAAAUAUGCAGCGCGGAUAACGAGGAGCGCGCUCUUGUGACGGCCACCAUGAACGAGAUGGCUUAUGUCUUUCAGGCCUGGCUGCCACUCGUCAUCUGGCAGCAAGUAGAGGCGCCGCGGUAUCCCAAAGGCUACAUUACAAUGGUUUUUGUCGGGCUCGGGCUGAUCAUAGUGUCUUUUGUCGUGCGAUAUCUUCACAAGCAGGAGAUAAGGGAACAGGCCGAAGACUCAGAUUCUGUCGUAGUAUAA